AUGCCUUAUGCGAAUCAGCCCACAAUUAAUAUUCUCGAGCUCAGUGACGAGUUGGUUCGUUUUUCUCUGGAGGACACCGAUUUGAGUGUUGCAAACUCUUUACGACGGGUCUUUAUAGCUGACGGUGAAAGCCACUUCACUGUGCCAACAAUCGCGAUCGAUUGGGUGCAAAUUGAAUCAAACACCAGCGUGCUUCACGAUGAGUUCAUUGCGCAUCGAAUGGGUUUGAUUCCAAUGGUCUCCGAUACUGUGGUUGAUGAUAUGCAGUACACUAGGGAGUGUCAAUGCACGGAGUUCUGUGACGCCUGUUCAGUACUCUUCGAACUCAAUGUAAAAUGCAAAGAAGAAGCCACUCGAUCGGUUACGACGGCUGAUCUGGUGUGCAAGACGGAGAAAUACAGCAGUACAGUUUUUCCUGCCUGUGGAACCCAUCUGAAGAACCGUGGAGUGCAUUUCAGCGACGAAUAUGGCCAGCAUGAGGAUAUUUUGAUAGUGAAAUUGAGAAAAGGACAGGAAAUAAAUCUUAAGUGCUACGCUAAAAAGGGCUUCGGCAAAGAACAUGCGAAAUGGAACCCCACUUGCGGUGUUGGAUUCGAAUAUGAUCCUGACAAUGCUUUGCGCCAUACCAUCUACCCCAAUCCAAAAGAAUGGCCUCGAAGCGAGUUUUCACAGCUCAAAGAUCAGGAAGGAGAGGAAAAACAGUACGAGGCACCGUAUGAUCCUGAUGGAAAACCGAACAAGUUUUGGUUUACUAUUGAGGCAACAGGUGCAUUGAAAGCUGAUAGGAUUGUGUAUUCUGGAGUGGCUAUUUUGAAGAAGAAGUUGACAGACCUCCAGGUAAAGAUGGGAGAAGAAGGAGCCAAAAAAUUCGGGUCGUUAGCCACCUUAGAGGCGGUAAAAGCCAUACAGGAAAAUGCUAGUGUCUUAUCGAAUGAGAAGAAAGGUGAACGCAUGGAAGUAGAUCCAAUAGAAAGUCAACAUGAGGCAGAACUUCUGGCUGAGUUUGAGCGCAGACGGCGGGCUCGAACCUUGAUGCUGCCCACAGAUGACGUACAAGUGAAACUAAAAUUGAGGAAACUCAACCAGCCCAUAUGUUUGUUUGGAGAAGAUAUACUGGAUCGGAGAGAACGGUUACGUGCGUUACUCUCUACAAUGACUGAAGAUGAAGUUGCUGCGAUACUGCACACAGAAGAGGGUUUCGUAGAAAAACCAGACGAAGAGACAACUACCUGGUACCAUCGGGGACCGGCAGCUCUACGGGUAGCGCGAGUUGCUAUUGCGGAUUUCUCACUUCGGAGAGCAAAAGAGAGGUUGAUCCGUGCGCGAGAAAAUGCAGCCCGACCACCACAUGAGAAAGCAUUAGCUCGACAAGAAGCGCACAAAUGGAUACAGCAAUUGAAUCUGCACGCCUCGCAAGUAGCAGAUAGCCGGCCAGUGGCGUACUGUGAAUUCGCUCCAGAUUCUGAACACAUUGUAACUGCCGGAUGGUCAGGCCAACCAUCAGUGUGGCAAAGAGACACAUGUGAGCGUUUGAUACGGUAUACUGGACAUCAGUCACAAAAUGGUUGUGCUCGAUUUCAUCCUCAGGCUUAUGUAUCCGCUGAUCCUUCUUCAGUGAAUGUUGCGAGCUGUGCACACGACGGAACUGUUUAUUUGUGGUCCUUGGACAGUGAUAAACCAAUUGGUGAAUUGGAAAAGCACGAGGCUCGCGUAUCUCGACUCGCUUUCCAUCCAAAUGGUCGGCAUCUUGCUACGGCAUGCUAUGAUUCCUCGUGGCGAAUGUUUGACGUUGAGACUAGCGAGGAACUGCUAUUUCAAGAAGGGCAUGCAAAAUCGGUAGCAGAUGUAGCAUUUCACCCAGAUGGUUCUGUAGCGUUGACCGGUGGCUUGGAUUGCUAUGGUCGAGUAUGGGAUUUACGCACUGGACGAUGUAUUAUGUUCUUAGAUGGUCAUACAAAAGAGUUGUACACUGUUGAGUGGCUUCCAAACGGGUAUGAGAUGGUAACGGGAAGUGCUGACAACACUAUCAAAGUAUGGGAUCUCCGUAUACGUAAGAAUACCUACACCAUGCCAGCGCAUUCUAGCGUAGUGUCUAAGAUUAAAGCUGAUCAUCAAGGGCAGUAUCUAGUAUCAGCUAGUUAUGACAAUUCACUCAAGAUAUGGUCUUCCUCAGGAUGGCAGCCACUAAGGCAAUUGAAAGGGCACGAUACGAAGGUCAUGUGUGUCGAUAUCAGUCCAGAUGGCAAAUGGAUAAUGUCGUCAGCCUUUGAUCGUACAUUCAAGUUGUGGACUCAAUCAGAGUAUUAG